GCCAAGUCUUGGCCCAAAUCAGCCUAGAAUUUUCAUCAGUGUCAACUAUUGGCCCCAAACCUUAUUAGGGUUUAGAGAGCUGACUUUAUAGCAGAAGCUCUUCGAGCAUAAUUUCUUUGAAGCAAUCAAAGAUGGACAAGAGCAUGCUUGGAGACUUGGAUUCUCUGCCCGAGGAAGAUAAGCUACGGAUGUCCUCUAUGAUUGACCAGCUCCAAAUCCGUGACAGUUUGAGGAUGUAUAAUUCACUGGUGGAAAGAUGUUUCACUGAUUGUGUAGACACCUUUCGACGCAAAUCUCUAGACAAGCAAGAGGAGACUUGUGUGCGCCGCUGUGCUGAGAAGUUCCUGAAGCACUCAAUGCGUGUUGGCAUGAGAUUUGCCGAGCUCAACCAAGGUGCUGCUACACCAGAUUAAGAAAGCCUCUAAUUGCAUUGGCAAUCAUGUUUUGGCACAUCUAAUCGUGUUUUUAUGAUAGUAAUUUCCAGUUAUAAAUUAUGAUUUAUUGCAGAAUUUGUGACGUGCUUUUAUUCAAUCAACAAUGACUACGAGGUUCCUUUGGAGUUUUAAAGAUUUUGUAUUACUAGUUGGGUUAAAUCCACCUAUGGACACUCAACUUUAUAUUUAGUGUUACUAUGGCCACUCAGUUUGAAUUAGUUUAAUUAUGGCCAUCCAAAUUUAUAUCUAA